GUCCAGGUCAGACGAGGUCAGGUGAUAUCCUGCAGGACCUCAUGGUCUAAUGCUCCAUAAUGGCUGUGUGUCGGACCUCUGCACUCUACAUGCAUCUCACUCUCUCUAUGGAUCACUUACACUGGCUAGCUCUGUAUGUGUACGAGUACCUGCUGCAUGUAGGAGCACAGAAGUCAGCACAGACCUUUCUCUCAGAGAUCCGAUGGGAGAAGAACAUCACAUUAGGAGAACCUCCAGGGUUCCUCCACUCAUGGUGGUGUGUUUUCUGGGACCUGUACUGUGCGGCUCCAGAGAGAAGAGACACAUGUGAACACUCGAGUGAGGCCAAGGCCUUCCAUGACUACAGUGCUGCAGCAGCUCCCAGCCCCGUGCUCGGGAACCUCCCCCCAGGAGAGGGCAUGCCAGUGGGCCCGGUCCCUCCAGGAUUCUUUCAGCCGUUUAUGUCACCUCGAUACCCUGGAGGACCCAGACCACCUCUCAGAUUACCCAAUCAGGGACUUGGAGUCCCAGGAAGCCAGCCUAUGUUACCCAGUGGAAUGGACCCCACAAGACAGCAAGGACAUCCAAAUAUGGGCGGACCAAUGCAGCGGAUGACUCCCCCUAGAGGAAUGGUACCGCUAGGGCCACAGGGCUAUGGAGGUGGGAUGAGACCACCGCUGAAUGCCCUGGUUGGUCCUGGGAUGCCAGGCAUGAACAUGGGACCCGGUGGGGGUAGACCCUGGCCAAAUCCUCCAAACUCCAAUUCGACCCCUUACUCUUCUGCAUCUCCAGGAAGUUAUGUGGGACCUCCAGGGGGAGGGGGACCACCUGGGACCCCAAUAAUGCCAAGUCCAGCAGAUUCAACCAACUCUGGGGACAACAUGUACACUAUGAUAAACACAGUCCCUCCAGGUGGAAGCCGACCGAAUUUCCCUAUGGGUGCAGGUGGAGACGGCCCAUUAGGAGGAAUGGCUGGAAUGGAGCCCCAUCACAUGAAUGGAUCAUUAGGGUCGGGUGAUAUGGACAGUCUCCCCAAGAACUCUCCUGGUAACCUAAGUAUGAGUAACCAGCCCGGGACCCCAAGGGAGGAUGGAGAGAUGGGAGGAAACUUCCUUAACCCUUUUCAGAAUGAAAGUUAUUCUCCGAACAUGACGAUGAGCGUGUGAAGGCUCUUGAAGCAGGUUCGGUUCAGUCGUGCAGUGAGCUGGUGUGGAUCGGUGAAAAGCAGAGAGACGGGAUGUGAUGUCAUCUAGGCCAGUGACUUCUCCACCACCACCUGCCGAGUCAGGACAGUCGCCCCAGGCUCCGUCCUCCUCCUCCCCCUCCUCCCCCAAACCUCCAUUGUUUCUGUCCUCGUCUCUUCUCUCCCGUUCCUUCUCCCGUUCUAAGUGGUGACUCUGCUACAUUCAUCAGUUCUUCCUCUGCAACUAUGAGACUGUACAAAGGAACCAAAUUGAAACAACCCGGAGGAGAACUCUUUGUAUAUUUGCAUACAGUGUGUAUGAGACUGUGCACACACUCCAGUCCACAGACAGAUCUGUCUGCCUUUUGCAUCAUAUCACAGAGUUCAUGCCCAAAGACAAACAGCCAGUAUCCUAUUUGUGCUGAAGUUAAAAUUUUCAAGGAUUUAAACAGAUAUAGACACUUUUUGAUUGAUGGUCAAUUUAAUCUAACGGGCUGUCACAUGGAACAUAUUGUGUCUUUUCUUGACAAAUUAAUUUAUCCUUUACUGAAAGAGAAAUUGGGGAGACAUCAGAACCAUAUUACCGCAAGGUUUAUUUGAGGCUUGUGCAGAUGUUUGUCUUUUCAACUUUUGUGACUGUCUAAAUCUUAAAGACCACUGACAUUGUUUUAUACUAUGGGUUAUUGUUUUUUCAUUUUUAUUCCCAAACUCAGCCACAAAUGUGAGAAAUGUGAGAUCUCUUUAAAGUGAGCUCAGCACAAUCUGAAAUGUUUGUCUACAUUUUGAAUUUGAAGUCACAUCUAAUGGUUAUUGAGGAAAGAAAAAGAGCUUUGUUUCAGACUUUAAGUAGUACUGGUCGUACAGACUAAGUCAUUACAAAAUCCCUGAGUGUAAUCAAUUGACGUUGGUGGGUUUUAGUACUUAUGUGUUUAACUUUUUAUUUGUGGAGGAAGAAUGUGUUUGAUUCUUCUUUUAAGAAUGAGGAAGAAGGCUUGCUCAAAGGUUGAUACCCAAUAGUAGAGAUUAAAAGGUUUUUCAUAAUUAAGCAAUGCAUCUUUCUGUAUCCAUUGAUCCAAACUUCCAAAAAUUAGACUUCCCAGUAUUUUGCAUUAUGUUGGUUGCACAAGCACGGGGCAAAGGUUACAGUUUUUUUUUUAAAUACCUACGUGCACAUUGUGAUUUGUUUUUCGCUGAGGCCUCCCUUUUGUUUGCUUUUGUUCUUUAACCUCUAUCUAGUUUAUUGAUCAGUUUUUCUUCCUGGAGCCACAGUUGCAAAAUUGAUACAAUCCCCAUUCUGUGGCCAUAACAUGUGAAAAAGACAGAGAGAAAUCAAAGACGGAUGACCAGUAUGAGGGGCAAACUGUAAGCUUAUAAAGUCACUUGUAUAAGGUCACUUGUACUCUUUUGCCAUCCGGAUAAACUGUGAUCUCAGUGUGAUGUGAAAGGUUGGUUGGUACAGGAAGCUAAAAAGCAAGCUUGUUUUUAAUGUUUUAAACUUUUUUCACUGCCCAGGAUGUAUCAUCAUCAUGUACAAAAGGUCGACAUGCCUGUUAACAUUCUCCUCUCCCCUUCCUUACUGCAAAGUGUACAGUUCACAAAUGUAGCUCCUCUGUCUUGUAUGUGUAUUUGAUAUUAUUAUUAUUUAAAGAAAAACCUGGAGAGAAUUAUUGCAAAAGGGAGAGAUGGACUGAUGACUCACCAUCACAGCUGAACAGAGAUAUUUUAUUUUGGGUUGUUUUUUUUUGUUUUUGCAUUAGAUUGAAGCCAUAAGUGGGAGUACAAGAAGAAGCAUUUGUAAAUUGGAUCAUGUUUUCUGUUUUGUGGCAGUACGUGGGACUCCAUUUGUGAUGUGUUCAUUUUCUCUUUUUUAUUCUUGUAUUAUGUUUUUGUAAAUACACAGAGAAGUAUUUCAUGGGUUUUGAAUAUGCUAGUAUAAAGCUUCUCUUCCCUUA